CACAUGUUAUUUUCGGGCAGCGCAGCUGUACUUCAUAACACUUCAAGGCAGGAACUAGACUGUGCCUUGUGAUGACUCUAUGCUAAAGUACUGAGAGAGAUAGUGAAGAGAGAAAUUAAUCCCUCACUUAAUAAUGUCUUCAUUACUAAUGGCUUUUUCUUCAGCUAAAUUGAGCAGAACUUGCAGAAAUUCAGUGGGUUUUAGGGUGACUGAAAGUGGGUUUCCUUCAUUUUUACCUAAAGAAGUUGAGAAAAUCAAAGACCCGUAUGCUAUAAAACUUGCUCAGAGGAUUGAGAGAUUACCAGUAAAGAUUAGUUUCGCAGAGAAUUCAAUUCUUAGUAGUUGUGUGAAGCCAUCGGUGCAGAAUGAGAAACAUCCGCUUGUUCUUCUACAUGGUUUUGACAGCUCUUGUUUAGAAUGGAGAUAUACAUACCCGUUACUCGAAGAAGCUGGAAUGGAGACAUGGGCGGUGGAUAUACUUGGUUGGGGUUUCUCUGAUUUAAGCAUCCGUCCACCAUGUAAUGUGACAUCAAAGCGUGAGCAUCUAUUUCAGCUUUGGAAGUCAUAUAUAAGAAGGCCAAUGAUAUUAGUUGGACCAAGUCUUGGUGCUGCUGUUGCAAUUGAUUUCGCGCUAAACCAUCCAGAAGCUGUUGAGAAACUGGUGUUAAUUGGGGCGAGUGUCCAUACAGAAGGCACGGGGAAGUUAUCUACAUUGCCUAAAAUUAUAGCAUAUGCUGGGGUCUCCUUAUUGAAGAGUGUUCCCUUACGUUUAUAUGCCAAUUAUCUGGGCUUCAGUGGAAUUUCAUUCAAUUCUGCCGUAGACUGGACCAGUAUUGGCCGUUUACACUGCUUAUUGCCUUGGUGGGAAGAUGCAACAGUUGACUUUAUGAUCAGUGGGGGAUAUAAUGUUUGUCAACAGAUACAACAGAUAAAACAGGAAACACUUAUCAUAUGGGGUGAAAAUGACCAAAUUAUCAGCAACACACUGGCCAUGAGACUAAAUACUGAACUGCAAAACUCAACUUUGCAUCAAAUUCCAAAUGCUGGUCACCUUCCUCAUGUAGAAAAACCUGAUUCAAUUUCCGAGUUGAUAGUUAACUUUGUCCAAGAAGGAUGCGGGAGCGUAUUGGGGAAAAUUGGGUUAAGCUUUGCUUUAAGCCUUCAUCAAUAGCUGCGCUAGACUAAAUAAAGGAUGAAUGCUUUGUGCCACCACCUGUUGCCCCCGAAGUUUUAUUUCCAGACGACGCAUUCACCUUCAUAGGUCCAUGACAUUUAGUCCAUGACGCACCGCUGCCCCCAAAAGAUUCAAGGUUUCUACAACACCAUAUCCAGGCUCAUCAUU